UGCUGCUGGGAUUCUCCCAUCCGCAGGUCUAGAAUUGAUAGAGUCUGCUCUAGAUGUUGAAGACGCCAUUGUCGUAAGCAAGAUCAGAGGUGCAAAUGGCUCCCACAAUCACGUUCUUUUAUGGGACGUUUGUCCAUCUGCCCCGGACCAAGUCUGGCGGUAAGCAUGAGCUGGAGAUUCGUCAUGGCGCGCUCUGGGUGUCGUCGGCUACGGGCCGAAUCCAGGGCUGCGAUUGGAGCGUGUCCGGUGAAGAACAGCUGCAGGCACUGAUUCAGAGUCAGGGCUGCGUUCUGGGUGCUGGUGGGGGAUCCUGCGAAGGUCGCGUUGCGAUUUUUCGAGCUCGAGAGGAGCAGAAUGAGUUUUUCUUUCCUGGUUUUAUUGAUACACAUAUCCAUGCACCGCAAUAUCCCAACUCGGGCCUUUUUGGCUCCUCUACUCUCCUGGACUGGCUCUCAACGUACACCUUCCCCCUGGAAAGCUCGUUCGGGGACGACUCCCUGACCAAAGCCCACGCCAUCUACAACCAAGUCAUCUCCCGCACGCUCGCCAACGGCACCACCUGCGCUUCCUACUUUGCAACCAUCCAUGUCCCCGCCACCAACCUCCUCGCGACUCUAUGCCACCGCCGCGGCCAACGCGCCCUCAUCGGCCGCGUCUGCAUGGACAACCCGGACUUCUGCCCAGAUUACUACCGCGACCGUUCCGCGGAGGCCAGUCUCGCCUCAACCAAGGAGACAAUCACACACAUCCAUGCGCUCGACCCCAGCGCGAAGCUCAUCCACCCCAUCAUCACGCCGCGGUUCGCCCCGACUUGUUCCCGCGCCGCGCUCGCCUCCCUCGGUGCCCUCGCAGCCUCGCACUCCCCGCCGCUGCACAUCCAAACCCACAUCUCCGAAAACAAAGACGAGGUCGCGCUCGUCCACACGCUCUUCCCGGAAUCCACCUCGUACGCGGACGUAUACGACCACCACGGCCUGCUCACCCCGCGCACGAUCCUCGCCCACGCCGUGCACUUGACCCCGGAGGAAAAAGCCCUCAUCGGCACCCGGCACGCGAAGGUCUCCCACUGUCCGGCGUCCAACUCCGCCCUGGGCUCGGGUCUCUGUCCCGUUCGUUCGUUGCUCGAUGCCGGCAUCACGGUUGGAUUAGGCACCGAUGUCAGCGGCGGGUAUAGUCCUAGUAUCCUUGAAGCUGUCCGGCAGGCCUGUCUUGUCUCUCGGCUUUUACGUCACUCUGCCGCCCCGGAAGCGGAGUCAACCGCCAACGAUAAUAGAAACGUGCUCAGGGUCGAAGAAGUCCUGUACCUGGCCACCCGCGGCGGCGCGGCCGUCGUCUCCAUGCCCGACGACCUGGGCGGCUUCGACCCGGGAAUGUUCUUUGACGCGCAGCUGAUUCGACUCGGUUCUGUGGAGUCUGCGGAGCGACAGCCUGCGGGCUCCUCCUGCUUGCCGAAUGAAACGGUCGUGGACGUGUUCGGGUUCGAAUCGUGGACGGAGAAGAUCCACAAGUGGGUGUGGACGGGGGAUGAUCGCAAUGUGAGACGGGUCUGGGUGAGCGGGAGACCAGUGCAUUCAUUGGAGGAUGGUCCUGCAGACGAGAAGAAAGGGCUUGGGUUUGCUCAGGACUGGUGGCCUUGGAAGUGGGCGGUUGGGCUUGGGCUUGGGCUUGGAGUUGGAGCUGUGGCGGUUGUUUCGGGAGUGAUGAAGAGAGGUAGAUUUUGAUUUUUUUCAUUUCUUUAUCUUUAGAUUUUCUGCUUGACAUGGUAGAUUGUAAAAUGCCACUGACGUUACUCCGUCCCGGAUGGAUCAUUCAGGAUGUACUCCCUCCAAUCCGCGUGCGG